AUGUUUUGCGCUCUCUUUAAAAUGAUCAUUUUUGUGGUCGGGUACAUACUGCCCGUUGGACUUUCCCUUCAUGGAUGGAAAAAUAAAAAAUAUGAAAUGGUAGAGUACUACUUAAAAUAUGUUUAUUUUUUUGUGGUUUUUGAGAAUGUUGUGACUCCCUCGGUAGGAGCAUUGAUUUACAAGAUCAGUGGUUUCAUAUGGUGCCUCCUUCACUUGGCUCUUUACGUGGUUUUAAUCACUCCCAAAUUUAACUACCUUAAUAUUAUAUACGAGAAAGUCAGCAAGGUCAACAGCCAGAACAAUGUCACUCUCUACAUCAACAACUAUGUCGUUAAUCCGCUAAACGAUCAGGUCAACAAAAUUGUGAAGAAGUUGAAGACG